AUGGUCAACUCAGGGUUUGUCCGUCGACCAAAAGGCGACUUGCCGGAGCUCUAUGUCCACAGAGCCGCAGAGCAGCCCAUGUCAAGUGGCAAGGUCGUGAUUGAGCGAGAUCGGGAAUGGAUCGACCACAAGAUUCAUAUUGUCAAGGGGAAGGGGCAAAAGAUGUAUUGGAACACGACGCUGGAGUUGGAUCCGAAUACGCUAGAGCACAGCGCGAUGGUCGUGCAUUAUACGCACAGGUCGUGGGAGGACUUUGUGGCGAAGAACGAGGUCGGCGGCGCGAGUGUUAUGACCACGGGGAGGCCGCCGAAAAAGCUCGACAAAGACAAGCCCGAUCCAGAGUAUAUGAACGAGAACAAGGUGAGGUUUGACGCGUUUCGGAGCAGGUGGCGAAAGACGAUGAAGAUCAAGAAUACAGGGAGGGUCAUGGUUACGUGGAGGAGGAAUGGGGCGUGGUGUACGGCGCGAUAUUGUCCGUCGUGUUGGCGCAGAGAGUUGGAAGGGACUAGAUGUGAGCCAGGGAAGUUGACAACGUAA